CAAAGCUGAGAGACUGAGGGGCUUGGAGGUGGAGUCCAGGUCAGGUCAGGUCCUCAGAGAUGUGUACUCCCAGCCACCAGUUUUACCACUUGCCUCCUGAAGUCCACAAUCAGUUUGGGUUCUUCUCCUCAUCACGGCAGGCAUCGUCAUGAGUAUACCAGGACUUGGACAUGGACUUGGGGUACUACAGAAAGGUGGACGUUCCGGACCAUGCGCACUACAUCAUAGCCUUCUUUGUGGGAGUCAUCGGGGCUGUGGGUGUCAUCGGAAAUGCACUUGUCUUGUACGCAUUCUUCUGUAACAAAAAACUACGCUCUACACCAAACUACUUUAUUGUCAACCUUGCUGUGAGCGACUUCCUCAUGGCCAUCACCCAGUCGCCCAUCUUUUUCAUUAAUAGUUUGUAUAAGGAGUGGGUGUUUGGAAAAACAGGGUGUAAGAUUUAUGCCUUCUGUGGUGCUUUGUUUGGCAUCACUUCCAUGAUUAACCUGGUGGCCAUCUCCAUCGACCGCUACAUAGUAAUCACCAAGCCACUGCAGGCAAUCAGGUGGACCUCUAAGCGUCGAACGCUCAUUAGCAUCCUGCUAGUAUGGAUUUACUCACUGGCCUGGAGUUCAGCACCCUUGCUUGGAUGGAGCUCCUAUAUCCCAGAAGGCCUCAUGACUUCCUGCACCUGGGACUAUGUCACUUCAACUCCAGCUAAUAAAAGCUACACGCUCAUGUUGUGCUGCUUAGUCUUUUUUAUCCCGUUGGGCAUCAUAUCUUACUGCUAUGUCUUCAUGUUUCUAGCUAUUCGUAAAACAAGCAGAGAUGUAGAGAGCCUGGGUACACAGAUGAGGAAUACCACACUGGUUCAACAGCAGUCCAUGAAAAGAGAGUGGAAACUGGCGAAGAUUGCCUUUGUGGUCAUUGUCGUGUAUGUGCUGUCCUGGUCACCCUACGCCUUUGUCACUCUCAUCGCCUGGGCAGGGUACAGCAGCAUCCUGACACCGUAUUCCAAGGCAGUGCCUGCAGUCAUAGCUAAAGCCUCUGCCAUUUAUAAUCCUUUCAUCUAUGCUAUCAUCCAUGCCAAUUACAGGGACACUCUGGCUGAGAAUGUGCCAUGUCUGCACUUUUUGAACAAGCCUCCACGUAAGCAGUGUGUCCCCGGUUUAAACAGUGAUUUUUCAUUAAAGAAUUCAGUCCUCAGCAUGCAAUCUUCUGGGUCAAGCUCAAAGUUUCAAUCAAUGACUUCAGUGUUCACUGGACACACAGUUUUUAAUGAUGCUAUGUUGGAUCAAUUGGCCCAGCAAUCUUCAUUGCUCAGAAGUUCUCAAUCGGAUACCCAAAUUAUCGAGAAGGAGCAGAGAAAUCAUAUUCAGAAGGAAAUUAACUUCAAGAAUUACCUGGCUCAAGAGAAGCCAAUCAUCUUAGAUGGAAUCUCACUGAGCAUCUGUGACCAAGAUCUGCUGGAGUCAGCAAACAUGGCCAUCAUGCCUCUUCUCAUGAGAAGCCAAGGACAGGACAACAAGGAAGACAGUGGGCAGGAGAAAAAAAUCAUUUGAACACCAGAAGAACUGUUUAACGGCCUUCAGCAUAAAACCACAAAACCCCAAAGACAUAUAAGAACACAGGGAUGCCAGAUCUCAUCAGCAGUCAGGCAUUACCAGGUUACUCAGGGAUUGAUCUGUUUAAGGAUACCAGGAGAAGUGAAAGAAUAUGGUUGCUUAGACCAGAGAGGUCAACCUUCUGCUGGUAAAGCUGAAACUGUUCUCAAUAGUUUCCUUGGAGUUUCUUUGCCUUUACUAAACACAAUCCUAGAUCUAACUCUACUCAUCCAAAUUUUUGGUUUGUCUAAAUUAACAGACUUUUGAACAUGUAGCACUACAUGUUUAUACACUUUACUAACUUUUGGCAGAACUGUCUAUUGGAAUUGCAUCUGUAUUAUAUAUACCGGUAUAUCAUUCCUACUCUUUUUUUUAAUCCUUAAGUAUAUCCACUGUGUCUGACAGUAUUUACACCAUCUCAAAACAAUCAUUUCAAAUAUUUUUACUAGUAAAGAGCAAUGCAAUAAGUUAAUCACAUUAGAUGUUGUUCAAUUCUCAUUGAUUUUAUUCAGGGAAACUGUGGCAAAAACAGUAUAUAUUAUGGCAAUAUACUUAUCACAGCAGUUUCGGAAUCUUUUAGUGGAACAAGGAAGUACAAACUUUUCACAAUUUAAACAUUACUUUACCUGUCAGGGUUUUUUUUUAUUUGUAUCAUUCCUGUUUGUUCCCACUUUCAUCUGCAUAUUUAAACACCAGUGUGCAUAUGCAUUUUUUGUGGCAGACUCAGUUUUCUUAAGCACAAAAUGUAUUGAAACAAAAGUGUUGAAAAUAUAGGAAGAGAACGGCAAUUAAAAUCAAAUCCAAUUUUAUUUGUCACAUACACACAUACAGUUGAAGUUGUUGUUUGUAUUUCUGAUUUGUUUUCUGAAGGUGUACAUGUGGUUGCAACAUUUUUUUUUGUUGUUGUUACAUUUUAGGGCACAAGGGUCAGGACAAAAUCAAAAAGAAAAUACACAUAUUCUUUCUGUGUUUUUGGGUCAAAUGGAUGUCAAUUAUAGAGAAGGAAGCCUACCAUUCAUUCAUGUGUCUUCAUGUUGCACCUUCUAUUUCUCCAUAAGCUGAAAAAGUAAAAUUUCCCAAAAAAGAUGGCACCCUUGUAGUGUCUAUAAAGCUAUAUUGGCACAAUAAUCUGGUAUUUACUGGUUGCAACUUUCUGAUGUCUGACAUUUAUAGCCAUAGAUGCAAAGAAGCUGAUUGGAUUUUUAAAUAUAGUACGUUACAUGUAUGGCAGAGAUACAGUGUAUUUACAGUAUAUAAUGUACAGCAAUAGCAUAAAGAAGCAAAGUCCAAGACUGAUGUAUUGCUUUAACAAUAAAGGCAAUGAAAACCGUCCGUGUGGAAACGGAAAGUUUAAAAGCAAAACGCAAAAGUUCUGUUUGGUGUCCUGAUGAUUUACAUCAUUUAAAACACCAUAAUUAAAACAAUUACAACGAUACCUGGGUGACUAAUCACCUGAUUAAUUUAUCUAUUUAUUUGUAUUAUUUCAGUGUUCACUUCUUUAAUGCCUUAUAUAUUUUUAUUUCCUUGUUUUUAAACGUAACGUAAAAUUCAAGAAUAUGGGUAAGGCCCAGUGAAUUAUGGCAUAUGACAAUGUUAAUGAAAAAUAUUGGAAAUGUACAAACUAUGGGUCAGACAAUGGUGGUGGAACAGAAUACAGGAUAAGUAAAUAAAUCUUGCUUUAUUUACAUGACAUGAGAAAACAUUAACAGAACAAUACUUUAAUAGACAAAUAUGUAAAACCAAAGUUUAUAACGGUUAAUUAUUUCGUACAUUUUUGUUUAUAUAACUGACCUUAAAUACAACCCCAAUUUUUAAAAAGUUGGGACA